AUGAUAUGGAAGGGAUUGGAACACCUGAAUCACAUGAUAUGGAGGGUAUUGGAACACCUGAAUCACAAGAUUGGGAGGGGAUUGUAACACCUGAAUCACAUGAUAUGGAGGGGAUUGGAACACCUGAAUCACAUGAUAUGGAGGGGAUUGGAACUCCUGAAUCACAUGAUAUGGAGGGGAUUGGAACACUUGAAUCACAUGAUAUGGAGGGGAUUGGAACACCUGAAUCACAUGACUGGGAGGGGAUUGGAACAACUGCAUCACAUGAUAUGGAGGGGAUUGGAACACCUGAAUCACAUGACAUGGAGGGGAUUGGAACACCUGAAUCACAUGACUUGGAGGGGAUUGGAACACCUGAAUCACAUGACAUGAAGGGGAUUGGAACACCUGAAUCACAUGAUAUGGAGGGGAUUGGAACACCUGAAUCACAUGACUGGGAG